AUGUCCAAGUCGCCAGGAGACACAAGGCAGUACAUAAAUACAUUCAAGGGGAAGCAAACGUCAAGGUGGACGCAGGUAUGGGACAUUGACGGCGAAGAAGAAGUGUACAAGCUAGCCGAAGGCCGGUACGAUUUUACCUAUGGGAUGGCGUCGGGUUGUUUUGGCAAGAGCGCGUUCCAUGAGCCGCCGAUCGUGGCCGCCCUCAUGAAGCAUUUGCUCAAGUCCGACUACACGCAUUACGCAGCUGCGUUGCCAUCACAGGUGAAGUCGGACUUUGGGCCGUGGCAUCGAGACACUUAUGACCUCUUCGGUGACGACCGCAUCGACGUCAGCCUGCCACCGUUCUAUUAUACGAUAUUGAUCCCUCUCGUCGAGAUGACGACUGAGAACGGUCUGGCUGAACCCACGCACCUCGAAGGUCUCCGGCACCAGGCGCCCUCGCCGGGCCCGCCGGCCGCGAGGUGGACCUCGCCCCUCGCCAGGCGGAUCUCAGGGUCCCCCCGCGCCGCGAGGUACCAGUGGUUCUUCGACUUCGGGUGGCUGUUUUGGGUGGGCAAGAUCAUCGUGGACGAGGGCCGGGAACUCUUCAUGCAGAUGAGGCACGACGGGUGUUAUGCCGGUUUCAAGAAUUACAUGGGCCUCGGCAACUUCAUCGAUUGGAUGAAUGUUUUCUACGCCAUCACCAUCUCGGUGGUCUGGCUCGUGCACUGCAGCUCCUUGACAGAAUUUCGGAGCUUGCUGACGCAGGCAGACCCCGACAUGCCUGGCAGCUUUGCGACGGAAGCGCAGCGCGAGGAGUUCUACACGAUGGCCUUGUCGCUAGUCUACCAGUCCAUGGUCCUCAGAAGGGUCGUCGCCUUCUACCCGUUCGUGGUGGUGUCCAGGUUCCUAAAGGUGUUCUCCUACCAGCCGCGGCUCGCGCUGGUCACCAGCACGCUGGGCCAGGCCAGCACCGACAUCAUCCACUUCGGCGUGGUCUUCAUGGUGGUCUUCGCGGUGUACACCGUGUCGGGCAUGAUGUUGUUCGGCCAGGAGCUGGCCAACUUUGCCGGGCUCGACCGCGCCACCAAUUCCGUCUUCCAGAUACUGCUGGGGGAGUUCGACUACGAUGAGAUGGUCCAGGUGGGCCGGUUGGAUACCGUGCUCUGGUUCGUCUCGUUCAUGCUGCUGGUGGUGAACAUCAUGCUGAACAUGUUGCUGGCCAUCAUCUUGGACAGAUACACGGAGGUCAAGGGCGGCCUCGGCGACCAGUGCGAGACGCUAUGGUCGCAGGCGUUCGAGCUCUACUCUCGCUGGAGGCGCGUCAGGACCGGCAAGGACAUGCGCCUGAGCCAGAUCCUGGACAUGCUGGACCCCGACGUGUCCGAGCGCGAGCAGGAGGAGAGCCAGGAGAUACAGAGACUGUCGAAUCUGGACCAGCGCGCGCCCGACCACUACGAGGUGCUAGGCAUCAGCAGGGGCGACAGCGAGGAGGCCGUCAAGAAGGCGUACCGGAAGCUCGCCUUCAAGCUGCAUCCGGACAAGUGCACGGACGGCAGUGGGGCGGGCCUUCGUCAAGGUGGCCCAGGCGUUCUCCGUGCUCAACGACAAGCACGCCAGGCACGCCUACGACCGGGGCAACGCGUCCGUAACCGGAGACGUGACGGUGAAGGACCUGCUCGAGCAAAGCGUCGACGACCUCCCGAUGACCCUCCCCGAGUUCAUGGAGCUCGUCCCCGCCAUAUCCGAGGUCCAGGCGGUGUAUAUCCUGCAGGAGGCCUACGUGGCGGCCCACAAGGCCGAGGGCGCGUCCAUCGCGGAGACCAGCAAGAGUGUCUCCCAGAUGCAGCAGGACCUGAUUGA